ACCCCAACUUCCACUCUUAUCCAUCCAGACCCCCAACCCCCAACCAAAAAAAUGAACAACACCGACGCCCACCCACGCAUCCUCUCCCUCACUUCGGACUCCACCUCCACCUCCGCCUCCACAUCUCCACUCGCCACCCCCGCCGCGCACUCGCGCCGCGCCUCGUACGACUCGGCCCACGACGCGCACCACUUCGUUGCGCUCCAGCAACAACUCGAGCGCGAAAACGAAGCCAAAACACAGCAUCAGCACAAGCUCAAUGUCAGCCUGAGGAAGAUGUGGGAUGGCGUCAAGAGACAUGCAGCCGAGCACCAUCGCAGUGUGAAUGCGGCGUAUAUGGCUAGUUAUGGGGGUGGA